UGGUCUAUCCGAAACACAAGAAACAACAAGUAGGCAUGGCUAAAGCUACAUCUUUUACUGCUUUCCUUUUGAUGUCUUCUCUAUUUCUUUCUUCUCACUUUUCUGUCUCAAAAGCAGACAACUCCGCUCCCAUAGUGAGUGGUCUCUCAUGGACUUUCUACAAAACUUCAUGUCCCAAAGUAGAAUCCAUUAUUAGAAAACAACUGCAGAAGGUUUUCAAGAAGGACAUAGGCCAAGCUGCUGGCUUGCUCCGUCUUCAUUUCCAUGACUGCUUUGUUCAGGGAUGUGAUGCAUCGGUGCUGCUGGAUGGAUCAGCGAGUGGACCAAGCGAGCAGGAUGCUCCGCCGAACCUGACCUUGAGAGGAUUCGAAAUCAUCAAUGACCUGCGUGCGCGUGUCCACAAGGAGUGUGGAAGAGUCGUCUCUUGUGCUGAUAUCGCUGCUCUUGCUGCUCGUGACUCUGUUUACCUGUCUGGAGGUCCGGACUAUGACGUGCCAUUGGGAAGGCGGGAUGGACUGAGCUUCGCCACAAGAAAUGCUACAUUGCAGAACUUGCCCGCACCCUUCGCCAAUGCUACCGCCAUCCUCUCCAGUCUCGCUACCAAAAACUUUGACCCCACAGAUGUUGUGGCUCUCUCUGGUGGCCACACCAUCGGCAUCAGCCAUUGCAGCUCUUUCACUGGCCGCCUUUACCCUACUCAAGACACCACCAUGGAUCAAACCUUUGCCAAAAACCUCAAGCAAGUUUGUCCUACUGCAAAUUCUUCAAACACCACGGUGUUAGAUAUAAGGACCCCUAACAAAUUCGAUAACAAGUAUUACGUUGAUCUCAUGAACCGCCAGGGUCUUUUCACCUCCGACCAAGACUUGUACACAAAUAGUAGGACCAGGGGCAUUGUUACUAGCUUUGCUGUUAACCAGACUCUCUUCUUUGAGAAGUUUGUGGCGGCCAUGGUAAAGAUGAGUCAGUUGAGUGUCUUGACAGGCAAGGCCGGUGAAAUUCGUGCCAAUUGCUCCGUAAGGAAUGCCAAUAACAACUCCCUCUUAGCGUCUGUGGUGGAAGAGGAAGCUAGGUCUGAAUAUUAAGGACUUAACAUCUUAACUAUGUUUUUGUAUCACAUCUUUUCUUUGUCGGUGUAUUUGCUUGCUUAAGUUGGGGUGACGGGGUUUGUAUCCAGUGUUAACUUUUAAUAAAAGUAUCCAAACUUUGAUGAAAA